AUGUCCGGCCGAGGGAAAUCCGGCGGCAAGGCCCGGGCCAAGGCCAAGUCCCGCUCCUCCAGGGCCGGCCUGCAGUUCCCGGUGGGCCGCGUGCACCGCCUCCUCCGGAAGGGGAACUACGCGGAGCGCGUGGGGGCCGGGGCCCCGGUGUAUCUGGCGGCCGUGCUGGAGUACCUGUCCGCCGAGAUCCUGGAGCUGGCCGGCAACGCGGCCCGGGACAACAAGAAGACCCGCAUCAUCCCCCGCCACCUGCAGCUGGCCAUCCGCAACGACGAGGAGCUCAACAAGCUGCUGGGAGGGGUGACCAUCGCCCAGGGAGGGGUGCUGCCCAAUAUACAGGCCGUGCUGCUCCCCAAGAAGACACAGACCUCCAAAAAAUAA